AUGCAGUCGCGCGUGAUCUACGGCUUCAUCACAGCCGUGUCGCUGUUCACUGGCAGCAUAGCCGGGCCUUGCCUGCCAUCUGUCUCUUCCCUCUCCAGCACCGAGAAUGUCCCAUCCAGCACAACCGAUGGCGCAUCGUCCUCGACGAGCACUGUCGCCACGCUAAGUUCCACCGAAGAUGCUACAUCAACCACUGGGGUCACAUCGAGCACCGAGGUCGCAUCAACGACUGAGACUAUCACGCAGCUGUCAAGCACCUCGCAAGCCUCUUCGACCACCAGCGGCGUCUCCAGCUCCACCAGCAGCGUGGAGCCCAUCCCCACGUUCUACAUUUACGUUGCCAACACCGACGCUGAUAGCAUCAGAGGCUCCAACCCCCUCGUCUACAUAUCAAGUCGUAUUAAUAUUCAAAUUGGGUUUCAAGACUAG